UUUAAAAAACAUCUAACAGGAUUGUUUGCUGGAGCGGCUCUGGCGGGCAGCCGCCGGGAGGAGUCAGAUCUUCCACCUCCCUGAACCUGAGUUUCUCACUCUCUCUCCUCAUGUGCUUGUCAGGAGGGGGCCUACACUGAUCAGAGGUGAAUUCACACUUGGUUCGCCAUGAAUUGGAAGGUUCUUGAACACGUGCCCCUGCUGCUAUAUAUCUUGGCAGCAAAAACAUUAAUUCUCUGCCUGGCAUUUGCUGGAGUGAAAAUGUACCAAAGGAAAAAGUUGGAAGCAAAGCAGCAAAAGCUGGAGGCUGAAAAGAAGCAGCAGUCAGAGAAGAAAGAUAACUGAUGGAGAAUCCAGAUUUUGCAGUGUAGACGUCAGCUCGAGUGGACUCUGGCUGAGAAGAAUCAUUGAGUGAUGUGUCAGAGGAUAAACUCCCAACGUGUACCUUUACCUUAAAACAAUGUGAAUUUGUAUAUGCUUUUAAAAUAACUAGUAUUUUAUUUACGAAAAUAAAAUAUCUUUGUAAAAAAAAAAAAAUCUAACAUAC